AUGGCAACGGAUGAUGGCUCCCAGGACACUCUGCGACUCCAGUUCAAGGCCAUGCAGGAGAUGCAGCACAAACGUUUACAGAAGCAGAUGGAGAAAAAGAAGGAAAAGGAACUGAGCCUCAGAAAUGAAGUUGAUGACCAAAAAGAGCCUUUGGAGGUCUCAGAUGGCCUCAGCCUUCUCCAGGCAGGGGAGCAAAACUCAAAAAACAGCUUUGAGCAGAGGGUGCUUGAAGAUGAGAUUGAACAGCUUCGAGAUGAGCUCAGGGAAACAGUCGAUGAGAAUGGGAGAUUGUAUAAGCUGCUGAAGGAAAGGGACUUUGAAAUCAAACACCUCAAAAAGAAAAUAGAAGAGGACAGAUUUGCCUUCACAGGGACAGCUGGUAUGGCUGGUGAUUUGGUUGCCACCAAAAUUGUCGAGCUGUCAAAAAAGAACCGAGUGCUGGUGGCAGAGUCAGAGAGUACAAAAACCAGAAUGAAGCAGCUGACCAAUCGCAUCCAGGAGCUGGAGGGGGAACUGCAGACAGCUCUGGCCAGGCUGCCAGCCAAGGGGGCCACCAACACAGGAGCCAAGCCACCGAGAGCCCAGAUGGGAGACAGAACCUUGCUGGAGACCCCAGAGGUAAAGGCCUUGCAGGACAGGCUGGCAGCCACGAACCUGAAGAUGAGUGACCUCCGCAACCAGAUCCAGUCUGUGAAGCAGGAGCUGCGGAUGGCCCAGAAGGUCUUUUGGAGCCAGGGCUCAGGGUUUCUUGUAUGGCUAGGGCCGGGCUUGGGAGGAACACAGCUGGCACAAUGGGUUCCAUUCAAUGAACAGAACAAGCAAUACGCUCAGCCCUCUGGGGGAGCUGCCCUGGAAUGUGGUAAACUGACCUUUGAGGGCCACACCCUGAGGCUGGAGGAAGAUUGUGUUCGAGAGCUUGAGAAGCAGUUGGGACAGACCCGGAGCCAGUCUGCAGGAACAGUCAGUGAUGAGUCUGUCCAUCCGGACCCAAGGAAGUUGUCAGCACAGGAGAAAAACCUGCUGAGGAUCCGCAGCCUAGAAAGGGAGAAACAGGAAGGCUGGGAGAAACUUGCCAGUGAGCGGGAUGCCCUCCAGAGGGAGGUUGAAGAGCUAAAAAAGAAGUUUGAGGGCAUGAAGUCUCGGAACAAGGUGCUAUCGAGUGAGGUGAAGACGCUCAAGAGUCAGAUGGGGACCCUGGUGGAGAAGGGCAGACAUGAUGACGAGCUCAUCGAUGCCCUCAUGGACCAACUGAAACAGCUACAAGAGAUUCUGAGCAGCCUGAGUCUGCAGGAGGAAAAGAUGCGGGCAUCCCAGCACCACCUAGACCAGCAGCUUCACAGUGAGACUCAGCAGAGCAGCAGUCUGGUUGCCCAGCUGCGGGCCAUGGUGGCUGAGCGGGAGGCCAAGGUGCGGCAGCUGGAGUCAGAGAUCGGGCAACUCAGUGUGCAGUAUCUGCGGAAUAAAGGAGUGGGUGAGGGGCCCAGUGGUCCCGAGGCCAGCCCCGCCAGUACCACGGUCCUGGAGGAUCCGGGCCUGACCAAGUCCCCGACCUCAGCAGGCAAUCACAUCGGCAGGCUUGGAUCUUCUCGCUCAGUGACCAGCCUGGGCCAUAUGCUGGUGGAAUCUGCUCUCACGAGGCCUUCCCUGCCCAGUCCCCAUGGGAACUCACCCAGGUUCUUGGACUCCUCAGAACAAAAAGGCUGGCAGGCACAAGUGACGGAGAUCAAAGCCCUCUGGCAGGCUGCGGAGGUGGAACGUGACCGGCUCACAGAGUUUGUCACUGUCCUUCAGAAACGGGUGGAGGAGAGCAACAGCAAGCUCCUAGAGGCGGGGAGGAAGCUGCAGGAGGAACGGCACCGCACCGUGCUAUUGGAGCAACAUCUGGAGAAGAUGCGCCUGGAGCCGGGGAGGGCAUCGGCCUUGCAGAGAGGGGCCUCCAGGAACAAAAUAGGUCUGCCUGCCUCUAAUACCAGGCACAACCCGACUGGGAGUGAGAAGAAGGACCCAGCCUUUGCUGAGCUCUCCAAUGUGCCUAUGGAAUCCCAAAUGGAGGAGCUGACCACCAGGCUGGCCAUCCAGGCAGAAGAGAAUGAAAUGCUAAAGGCUGCCCUGGACAGUGCCCUGCGGGGAAAGGAGGAGGACUUCCGGAUGUACCAUGAGACCCUGGGCAAGGUGAAAGGGGUCUUCCUGCAGGCCCUGCGGCAGCAGAAGGGAGACAAGUAA